AUGGCACCACGGCGAUACGAAGCAGAGAAGAAGGAUGUCUCGCCUCUAGGCAAGUCUCUUGACUUUGCGUUUGCGAAAAAGACGGCACAGAACCGGUUCUUGAAAGGUGCGAUGACUGAGCGUCUCUCGUCAUGGCAUCCCAAGAACCUUGAGGCACGCGGUGUUCCAUCAAAGAACCUCAUCAACGUCUACCGCAGAUGGAGUAAAGGUGAAUUUGGUGUCAUCCUGACUGGUAACAUCAUGAUCGAAUACGACCAUCUCGAAGCUGCCGGCAACCCAAUCAUUCCUCGCGGCUCCUCAUUCGAGGGCGAGCGUUUUGAGGCGUUCAAGGAGAUGGCCACUCAAUCAAAGAAGCACGGCUCCUUGAUCGUUGGUCAGGUCAGCCAUCCAGGUCGCCAGGUCGCCGAGAACAUCCAAAAGAACCCAAUAUCUGCAUCGGAUGUACAGCUCGAGGGCAACGUAAUGGGCAUGACUUUUGCCAAGCCACGUGCAGCCACCGACGAGGAUAUCAAGAAUGUCAUUGAAGGCUUUGCACAUGCGGCUGAGUACCUCGAGAAGGCCGGGUACGAUGGUAUUCAGCUCCAUGGCGCUCACGGAUAUCUCCUUGCGCAAUUCCUCUCUCCAAGCACCAACAAGCGUACCGACAAGUACGGCGGCUCCCUGGAGAACCGCGCUCGUCUCAUUACCGAGAUCGGUCAAGAAGUCCGCAAGCGAACAUCUUCCAACUUCAUCCUCGCCAUCAAGCUCAACUCUGUCGAAUUCCAAGAUAAAGGCUUCGACACCCAGGAAGCCGUGACGCUGUGCAAACUGCUAGAAGACAACACCUUUGACUUUGUGGAGCUGUCUGGCGGAACGUAUGAGCAGUUGGCAUUUGGACACAAGCGUGAAUCCACCAAGAAGCGCGAAGCCUUCUUCAUCGAGUUCGCCGAAAAAAUCACACCCUCCCUCUCCAAGACUCGCACAUAUGUCACUGGUGGUCUGAAGACGGCGUCUGCUAUGGUCGAUGCCCUUCAAACGGUAGACGGUGUUGGUCUUGCGCGCCCUGUAUGCCAGGAGCCCGAACUGCCGCGCCAGAUUCUCGCUGGUGAGGUCGACGCUGCGAUCAACCAACUUACCGACGACAACGACUUCGGCGCCACAAAUGUUGCCGCGGGCACGCAGAUCAGGCAGCUUGGUAAGGAUCAGCAGCCCAUUGAUUUGAGCGAUGAGGAGAACCUGAAGGCCUUUCAGAAGGAUGUUGGAACGUGGAGCAAGGGCUUUGAGGAGGACAAGGAUGGCAGCAAGUAUGGAUAUGUCGAUAUUGAAAGUGUGAAGAGCGUGCCAUAUGGCGGUGCUGCGCCUGCUUCUUGA